AUGGCCCGUGAAUUGCUAAGCAGCGACUCGUCCGACAGCGAAGAUGGAGGCGCCGAUGUCCCACCCAGUGACGAACUCAAGGUCAAUGAGGCAUAUGCCCGCCGCUUCGAACACAACAAGAAACGAGAGGAAUUGCAGAGAUUAGAAGAAAAACUCGGCAAAUCCUCCACGUCCCGAAAACGUAAACGCGGCGACAACGAAUCUCUUGACGGUGACGACAAAGGUACUGACUCGGACGAUGACUCGACCAGUGAGUCCGAAGAUGAGGGGGAGUUGGUGACGGAAGCUCUUGACUCGGAGAUCAUGGCCACACUCAACGCAAUCCGCUCGAAAGACCCCCGCGUUUACGACCAGUCUGUCACGUUCUAUACCAACGACGACGAUGAGGAAGAGGCAAUUGCGAAGGCAAGGAAGGAGAAACCUAUGCACUUGCAGGACUACCACAGGCAAAAUCUACUGAAGGGUGAUGCGGGAGUGGAAGAGGAAGACACUGUGCCUUUGACGUACAACCAAGAGCAAGAGCAGCUAAAGAAAUCCAUCAUUGGAGAAAUCAACGCAGCCGCGGAGGAGGACGACGACGAAGAAGAAGAUGAGGGCGAGGAUAAGUUCCUCAUUGCGAAGAGAAAGGAGAAGUCGGCCAAAGCCGACGUUGUUUUGGACGUUGACAACGCAGACAAAGAUCCUGAAACUUUCUUGUCAAACUUCAUGGCCUCGCGCGCUUGGGCGGCUCCCGACCCUUCUAAUCUCCACCCUUUUGAGUCGGACGAUGACGAAGAAGACAAAAGAGCAGACGAGUUUGAAGAGGCAUACAAUCUGCGAUUUGAGGAUCCUGAAAAAUCGAACGAGACGCUACGCUCUCAUGCGAGAGACUUGGCUGCCAAAUACUCUGUUCGGAGACAAGAGGCGAACCCCCGACAAAAGAAGCGAGAAGCCGAGAAGGCAAAGAGAGAAGCUGAAAAGCAGCUGCGAAAAGAAGAGAAAGCCCGUCUCCGCAAGUUGAAAAUUGAGGAGCUUGAAGAGAAGGUGCGCAGGAUUAAGCGGGCCGCUGGUAUUAAAACCCAGGAUAUUCGGCCCGAGGAUUGGUCACAUCUGGUUGACGACGACUGGGACGACGCUAAAUGGGAGGAGGAAAUGCGCAAGCGUUUUGGCGAUGAGUACUACGCUGAGGAAGACCUUGCGAGCGAGGACGAGACACAUGGGAGGAAACGGAAACCUCGCAAGCCCAAAUUUGACGACGACCUUGACAUCAAGGACAUAGUGCCUGAUUUCGAUGGAGGUGAUAAGGCGGACUUCAGUUUGACCGAUGAAGACGCUCCUCCGAAGAAGGCGAAGAAAGGAAAGAAGUCUGUCCAAGAGGACAAGCGGGACACAAAGAAAGAACGGCGAAUAAUUGAACAACUGGUGACCGACCAACUACAACUGGAGCUGGAUGCAUCUCUACCAAACAAGAAGACCGGUGGCUUCACAUACCGUGAGACAUCGCCCAAGAGUUUUGGCCUUACUGCAAGGGACAUCCUGCUAGCUGACGACAAGCAACUGAAUGAAUUUGUGGGGUUGAAGAAACUGGCAUCAUUCCGCGACCCGGAGAAGAAGCGCAAGGACACGAAGAACCUGGGGAAGAAAGCACGGUUGAGGAAGUGGCGGUUGGAGACCUUUGGCAACGAAGAAGGACUGCAAGCCAGCAAUCUGAUUCCUGCGCGGCCUGAGGUCCGGGAAGACAGGGCUGAGGAAGAUGAAGCUGGAGUAGACAUCAGAACAGAGGGAACGAAGAAAAAGAAGAGAAGAAGGAACAAGAAGUCGAAGACAGAGGUUGAUACAGUUGUCUGA